AACAACUCUGCCUUCCUGGAGAUCAUAUAUAAACCGACCUAAGGUCACAGCCAGUUUCAGACUGUAGGAGAGGCAUUUGAGAGUCCUCUGCCACUGUGGGGCUGCAAGCUGAGCCUUGUGAAUAAAAAUAUUUAUGUGCCGCUCUUUCACACGGUGAGCGCUUGAAAUCCUCCCUGCAAUGCUGCUGCUGCUGCUGCUGCAGAUCUCAGCCAGCUGCCUCUGGCUGGGACGCAGUGAGGUGGUGACGUCCUUUGAAAGUUCAUGCCCUCAGUUUUUCUUUCGGGGAACCCCCCCAAAUGAAGCCCUGGAGCCGGAGAGCCCAGCUUGGAUCUGCCAGCGUUACAAGAACCAGUAUUACUUUGCAACCCUAUACGAUAGGAAAAGGUAUAUUCCUGUAUACUCUGCUUACCUCUACGAGCCUGGAUCUGGCACAAGACCUAAAACAUGGCUGGUUGAGCCCCAGCUGAUGGGUCCAACUUAUCCUAAAACUAUGGAAAGAGAGUGGACACUCUUAAACAAUUUCAAUGUCAGCUUAGAGAAACUCAGCAAGAGCCAGGCUGUCCUCCAAGACUACAAGAACUUGACAGGUUUGAACCGUGGCCAUUUGAACCCCAGUGGUCACCACUCCGACUCCAGCAGCAGGAUGGCUACCUUCACUCUUACCAACAUAGUGCCCCAGAAUGAGAAACUCAACGGCGGUGCCUGGAACAACUAUGAGCAGCAAACAAUGAUCAGGAGUACCCAGGACUGUAAGACUACAUACGUCGUCGUGGGUGCUGUGCCUGGGAACAACUAUAUUGCCAAAGGGAAGGUUAAUAAACCCAGCCACAUCUGGUCGAGUGCCUGCUGCGUGGUGGACAACAACCACAGGAAGACUUGGGCUGUCAUUGCUGAGAACGACAAGAACGAAGUCCAGCUCCUCACACUGGGUGAACUGGAGGAUGUACUGACUCGCCUCUAUGGGAGGAACCAGGUUUCUCUGUUUGACAGGGACUGUCCCCGAGAAUAAACCCCACUUCACAUCCUGGGUGUAAGAGACUCAGGAGCCCUCUCUACUAGCAGCAUCGCCACAUGUCCUGUGCAGCAUCUAUCCUGCUUCCUUCUCCAGCAGUUUUCUAGCUCUGUCUCUCAGAGCAUCUUCUCCUCUGAUAACAGGAAGAAAGAAGUCAGCAGAGCCUCCAGCUGAUUUGCUUUGCUGCCCAACCUUGGAAGGAGUUCUCAGGGAAGAGUCCUUGCCCUAGCUGCUCUGGAGGGGCAGGUUGGAUAAUAGCCCAUGGGCAAUGAAAUCCAAGCUUGUCACUGAGACUAGAGAGGCUUUGCCUUUUUUCCCCCUUUUUCUCCAUGCCCGUGUACAGAUCAUAGCUCCUUCUUCUCCAUUAGAUAUCACUGAUUACGUGCUGAUGACUUGUCCCUCCCCUCUUUAGGAAGGUAUGCGUCUAAGGUGGCUCAGGUUACCCAGAGAGGUUGUGAAGUCUGCAUCUCUGGAGAUACUCAAAACCCAACUGGAAACAGUCCUGGACAACUUACUGUAGCUGAUCUUGCUUGAGCAAGUGUCUGGACUAGAGGACUUCAACAGGUCCCUCCCAGUCUUAUCAAUUCAGUGAUUCUGUGAUUCAUCCUGGGGCCAGGAAAGUGAAGACCCCGAGGUUUGCUGAAAGACUGUAAGGGUUAUCCUACAAAUACUUUCUGACCAGCAUAGCCAAUGACCGCAUUAAAGCAUAAAUGAGAGAGGAAGGUGGAAAGAGGAAGACAACUAAGCAUAGGAGGAAAAUUCUUGCUCUGUUGAAGGCUGUAAAUAGAUAAAAAAGGAGAAGAAAGUAAAUAACCUACAUUAAUCACCAGGCUUCCUUUCCCUGAACUUACAUGAAGACCACGCUUGUGUAAAUUUACUAGCAGGAGUUGUUCUCUUUCUUUUGGAUCAUGCACCUUUAGAGCAGGAAUUGAGGUAUCAGACAACCAGGAUCAGAUAUACAGCAGUCUUUGACCAGUCGAAGAUAAAUUUCUGUGAUACAGUGGUUCUAUAAUUCUAUUCUUUGCUCUACUUCUGAACUUUUUCUGCAGAUUUAUGUAUAACUGAUUAUGUGAAAUAUAUUCAAUGAGUGUAAAAGAUCGAUGUACGUUGUAUAAUUUAGUUUCUGAGUAAU